AUGAAGUUCCUGUCUAUUGCCUCUGUUGCCCUGAGCCUCCUCGGAGGUAGUCAAGCUGCCAAAUCUCCUUUCUUCAUCUUGACCGGCGAUUCCACAGUUGCGACCGGUGGAGGUUGGGGCGAUGCUGUUCUCAACGGGACCAAGAAGCCCGGAGGAGGUAUCAACCUGGCCAAGAAUGGUGCCACGACUGUGUCUUUCCGAGAACAAGGACUUUGGGACACUGCUCUUGGGAACGUCAAGAGUCAAAAGGCGAAGCACGAGGCCAUUGUGACGAUUCAAUUUGGUCAUAACGAUCAAAAGACUCUCACCAUAGAGCAGUACUCGGACAACCUCGCCACUAUGAUCGGAGAGGUCAAGAGCGCAGGCGGAACAGCUAUAAUCAUCACAUCUCUCACCCGUCGCAAAUUCAAGGAUGGCAAAGUAGACGAGAGUCUGGCCAAAGAACGCGACGCCGCAAUUGCCGUAGCCAACAAGGCUGGGGUCAAAUACCUUGACCUCAACACCGCCAGCACCAAAUAUGUUAACGCCAUUGGUCAAGAAAACGCCGACAAAUACAACGAGAUUGAGGGAGAUCGAACGCAUCUUAACUUUUCGGGCAAGUUGGUAUUCGGGCGGAUUGUCGCUGAUCUAUUGGUGGAGAAAAGGCCUGAUCUGGCCCGGUAUAUCUCCACCAACAAGAAGCUGAGCCAGCUCAUCAAGGAUGGAGUAUAUGCUACGGGACAAGAGUAG